AUGCGCUAUAUCGAAACUCUAGUCCUCACGUUGAUCGUUGUACUCGCAAGCAGUAGUGCAUUUCCUGCGCUACCUGACUUGCCCUUCUCGAGCCACCCAGCCCAGAGACGAUCGUUGCGGGCUAGCACAGCUCCCAAAGUCGAAGGCAUAAACGAAAACUCGGCGGAGAGGGGACUCGGGAAGCAUAUCAAAGUACGAUGGUGGCUAGAGAGCGAAGCGCCCGACGCCUAUGUCAAAAAGAUGCUGAAGCUGAAUGGACUUGACAAUGCGGCAUUGAAGGCCCACAAGAACUACAAAUAUUAUGCCUAUUUUGCCAGAAAGUCUGAAGAUUAUCUGCUGAACAAGUGGCUCCGGACUGAUAUUACCACGUUUGACGCCUGGAAGAACCUCAAGCUGGAUAGAAUUACCCACCGCAACCAACUCAAUCAGGUAGAGAAUACUGAGAAUUUCAGGGUCUACAGUCGUUACGUGAAACAGUUUAAUGCUAACGUAGCAAGCACCUUGGACGCCGGUUAUACUCCCCGCGCCGUAAUGGUCGCCCGAGGAUCCACGGACGCGGAGAUGACGGCGAGAACACUGAUUAUGGCGAAAGCUGGAAUAGACGACAAAGUUGCAAAAGUCUUGCUGGGUAUGACUGUACCCGGCCAUCCGACGAUUCCACUGAGAGGAAAUGAUCUCAUGAAACACGUGGACUACAAGUUCUUCACGCUUUUCUGGGAAAAAAAGCGAAAGUCACACCUGGGAAAUAGAGCAGCUGGUGGGUAG